CGGUUGCUCUACCGAUUCUGCUUUCUCCUGCAAAUUUUCAGUUUUCAGAGAGGAAAAAAGAACCCCCGCUCUUUUGUAUUGGUGCUCCACCCUUGUGUGAAUGCGAAGAAUGAAGAAGGCCGUGUUGUGCCACUGCCACUUUCGCUUUUGUCGUCGACUUUUCACAUUUAUUAUUAUUAUUUUUUUUUUUUAAAAGGACCUCAUUUUGUUUGGCCCGUGACGUCGAGCAUAGCUCCUCUGCGAUCUGAAAAUCUGGACUGGAUCACCAAACCGCUGUCCUGUCCACCGUGGCGCGCGCUAUUGGGCGCCCAACCCGACGUAGGAACGCGCGCAAAUACAUAAAGGCAAGGAAGAAGCGGCAGCGCGCGCGCGCUUGGCCAUAGUGACACGUGGAGUGGAGUGGAUUGUGCCACGUGGAGGGAAGAAGAAAAGGACAAGAGAGUGUGUGUGCAAGUAGUAGUUGGCCAGUGGGUAUCCCAAGGGGGGCGUGCUUCUUGGCGCAAAAGCCCCAGCGAUGGCGGCCGUGGUGUCAGCGAAAACGGCACAUGCAGUGCUGGCAGGGCCGACGGCGUCGUCGACAGGCGUGCAAACAGGUCAGGGGGCAGCACGUGGCGGCAAAAGCGGCUCGGUGCAGGUUCGGUUCAGGUUCGGCGCAGCGGUGCGGAGGUCGUUGUGGCUUGGGCGCCGCGGCGGAGAUGUGGGAUCCGCCGCGAGUUCGAGUCUCGCUGGCCAGAGGUGCGCUGGGUGCUCCCACCUGCUCAGUGCGCCACGUGGUGGCAAAUGCCGCGCUAGCGCAGUUGGCGCGACGAUGACCUGGACCGGCGCGCUGGCCUCCGUGCGCUUAGUGAUUCAGGGGAAGCAUCUCGAGUUGACGGAUGCCAUCAAGACCUAUGUGGAGGAGAAGGUUGGAAACGCUGUGCAGAAUCAUGGAAAUCUUGUCAGAGAGGUAGAUGUCAGAAUGUCUGUCAGAGGUGGCGAGCGAGGUAUAGGACAGAAGCUCCAGAGAUGCGAGGUCACAAUUUUCACAAAGCACCACGGCGUCAUCAGAGCAGAAGAGGAGGAGGAGAAAAUGUAUGCAAGCAUCGACAAGGUUUCCAAUGCAAUUCAUCGCAAGUUAAGGAAGAUCAAGGAGAAGGACGGAGGAAAGGGGAGGACAUGGCAGAUGAGAAACAAGCCUAAGCUGGGCGAGAUGCUGGGCACAGAAGUCACCGAUCUGUCCGAACUCAUGCAUGAGCCGGAGCUCCCUUUAGAGGUGGUACGGACAAAGUACUUCGAGAUGCCGCCUAUGGACUUCGAGCAAGCUUUGGAGGAAUUGAUGAAUGUUGGCCAUGACUUCUAUGCCUUCAGAAACAAAGAGAGUGGUGAGAUCAACAUCUUGUACAGGCGAAAGCAUGGAGGAUAUGGGCUGAUUGUGCCACGCAACGAUGAGCGAUGGGAGCAGCCAGAGAAUGCUCAAGCCAAGCAGUAGGAGGCACAUGGUGAUGACUCUUUUCACUUCGCGUCUAAGAUUAAGAAGAAGUCAGCGAGAUAUGAUCACCUGUCAGAAACUUUGGCUCUUUCGAAGUCAACUCCGUUUUGAUUGUCGGCAUCCCAUGCAUGAUGCCUCUACUGUUUUGAAGCUGAAAGAGGUCCAGAGUCUUCUGUAUUGUCCCUAGAAAACUUUGCGGGAGACUGAUUGCACCUUAUGCCUCAGCUCUUGCCGGCAUCCCCUUGCCUCUCCUCUCCUCUCUCCUUUCCCUUCUCCCUUCUCCUUUUUCCUUUCUCCUCUCUCCUGUCGCCGCUCUCCUCUCCUGUCAUCUCUCCAACCUCCUUCCUCCUCUCUCCUCUUUCCUCUCCGUCUCCUCUCUCUUCUCCUCUCCUCUCGUCUCCCCACCUCUUCCCCGCCCCUGUGCCUUCCGUCCUGUCUGUCUUUGCUCCGAGUCUCGUUCCUCUGCUCUCUCUUUUAUCCCAUACUCUUUGCGUUCUUCGUUCUCGUUUCUGCGCUUCUCUUUCCCCUCCCAUCACCUCCUCUCUUCAUUUGCAACAGAGUCCUGCAUCUGUGCAUACACUCUCUUUUCAUGGAAAAUGACCGUACUAGAUCGGAUCUCCAGUCUUGAGUGACCUCACAAAUGUUUCUUUCCCUCAUGUCGUCUUUCUUUUGAGGGAACUAUACAUGCAGAAAAGAACGAGUAGUUGAAUGACUAUUCUCUGUUGAUUGCAAGCAAUGCAGCAGGAAGCAUGAGCACGGCAGGACUCGCAUCUGAGUCCUCCUUAGUUGUGCCAACUUGGCUAUCACCAUUACAAGUGCAGCAAGCAGUGAAAGAGAGAUUUGAGUUUAUCUGGUACUGUAAAUUUAUGUUGUUGCUCUCUCCUUUACGAGAAGGAUCGCCGCUGUUUUCAAGUU